AUGGCGACCGAUACGCAGUUUCUGCGCCCGCCGAGUGAUGAAGAAUAUGCGCCAAUCCAACGCGAAACCUCCCUCUACAACCCCCUCCACACCUUCCAAUUGCCCCCCGGUCAAGACCGACACUACCAGCAACAAUAUGGCGACAUGUACUUCCUGCGCCUGGCCAAGUUAAAACCGGCCGCGGAGCAGAUUGCCCUGGAAGCAUGGGAUGGGUUCAGCAUUGCGGGGGAACAUGCGCGGAGGGUGGAUCGCGUCCUGGACGUUAGACAGGGAGAGCUGUGCUGGGUUGCGGGGACGAUCUUUAUGGAUAUGCCGCUUAAGCCUAAUAUUUUGGAUGAUCUUACGAAAGAGAACUUCACCCUGGCACCUCCGCCACGCCCAACCUACCUCGACCUAGCACAUCCGGAGUCCACGCAGAUCAUGUUGGAAGACGAGUCGGGCCGGCUGCGCCUGACGGGGAACAUGCUGCGGUCAACUCCGCUGGUUACGGGCGCGAUCGUUGCCGUGCUGGGCACGGAAAAUAGGAACGGCGAUUUUGAAGCCAUCGACAUCAAGGUCCCGGACUUCGCGCCACAGCCCCGGCGGUGGGAGAGGGACGCCGAUCAGAAGAGGACCGGGAAGGGCAAGAUUGCGCUCGUCAGUGGUCUGGGAAUCACCGGGACCUCGAGCGAUACGCUGUCGUUGGAGCUCCUCUCCGACUACUUGCUGGGCUACACCGGUUCUACGACCGCUGCCGCACAAGACGGCGCACUACCGGACCCCUCGAGCAUCACCCGACUGGUCAUCGCCGGCAACUCAUUGGGCGCACGGGUAACGACGGGCUCGUCGAUUGACAGCGCGGCCGGUAAGAAGAAGGCCGGCCCUAGGAAAUAUGGAUACGACGCCUCGGCGUACAACCCCUCUCCGAUCACGCAGCUGGACGCUUUCCUCGCCGAACUCCUCCCCAGUAUCCCUGUCACCCUCAUGUCCGGCGAAAGCGACCCGGCCAACUUUGCCCUGCCGCAGCAGCCCAUUCACCGGGCCAUGUUUCCUCGGGCGCGGGCGUACUGCGCCCCGCCUCCGUCCGGCGACGGAGAGCCGGAGCCGGGCUGGUUUGACAGCGUGACGAACCCCUGGGAGGGCGACGUGGACGGGUGGCGGCUCUGGGGCAGUAGCGGCCAGAACGUCGACGACGUUCUCCGGUACUUGGAUUUCGGCGAUCCGGAGGGCGACGACCCCGAGGGCGAUGCCGAGCCGCGCAUGCGUGUCAUGGAGGCCAUGCUCCGCUGGCGAUGUGGCGUUCCCACCGCCCCAGAUACACUCUGGUCAUAUCCGUUCCAAUCGCACGACCCAUUUGUGAUGGAGUCCUGUCCGCACCUCUUCUUCGCGGGGAACCAGCCACGGUUCAAGACGACAGUGAUCGAGGGCGACUCCCCGCUGAAACUCAACGGAGACGUCGAAAUGACCGACGCGGAUGAACCCAGCGGCGGACCUCGCGUGCGUCUCUUAUCGGUGCCCCGGUUCCGAGAGACCGGCGAGCUGGUCCUGGUCGACGCGGAGACGUUAGAGGUGGAGGUGGUGCAAAUCGGGACAUUUGCGGGCAAGGAAGAGAAAAAAUAA